CCAAAUAUCGAACAACGUGGACUAGAGGAAAUAAAUGCAUCGCAUAUGACGACAUACUGCAUUUCUGUGGCAUCAUGGGGGUUCACGGACUUACAAGUUUUGUGGAAGGAAAUCGCCAGUUCUUCACAGAUAUGAGACUGCGAGACUGCCGCCUUGUGAUUGAUGGGUCCAGCUUGUAUUUUCGAUUAUAUUUCAACUCUGGUUUGGAUCAAGCACGGGGUGGGGACUACGACACAUUUGUGGUGUUGAUUCAACAGUUUUUUGCUGCGCUUUCUGAAUGUGGUGUGCAGCCGUUCGUUGUGUUAGAUGGCGGAAUGGACCAAACGGACAAGAAGUUCAAGACACUACAGGAAAGAGCCCAGAACAAAAUCCGAGAGGCUCACGCUCUUUCCAGAGGAUCUUACGGUUCUGUUCUCCCUCUGCUUGUACGUGAAGUCUUUAUACAGGUCCUUUCAGAGCUUGGCGUACCUUUAGUACAGUGUAUUUCAGAAGCUGAUUUUGAGAUAGCCUCUCUUGCCAAACACUGGGGAUGUCCAGUUCUGACCAACGACAGUGAUUUCUACAUCUUCGACCUCAGAGGUGGCUACCUACCUUUUUCAUUCUUCCAAUGGAAUAACGUCAGCGGUAGGGCCACAGAGCGCUACAUCCCUACACAGAAUUUCAACGUGAACCGUUUCUGCUCACAUUUCAACCACAUGAACAAGCAGCUCCUCCCACUCUUUGCUGUUGUCAUCGGGAACGACUACACACCUGCUAAAAUAACCGAGAUUUUCUUCAGCCGCGUAGAGUUGGAAAGAGUACCAUCCAGUCGGAAGUAUGGACGUAGUUCCAAUCCUCGAAUCGAGGGCUUUUUGCUCUGGCUUUCUCAGUUUACCGGGCCUGCAGAUGCUCUGGAGGAAGUCCUGGGGAUUUUGGGUGAACAGCGGAAAGGAAACUUGCGUACGCAGCUCUCCAAAGGAAUGCAGGACUACCAGCUUCCUCAUAGAAGCAGUUUGGCUCAGUACUUCUCAAGUCCCCAACCAGCGCUUCCAGAUACCCAGGGGCUCCCAGCAGCACUGAUUUCUCAACCCGAAUGGCUUUUAAGGAUGGUUGCAUCAGGUAAGCUGUCGUCUUUUGUCUUGGAUGUGCUUGUACACCAGAAGGUUAUGUUAAUUGCGCAGGUGGAGAAUAGUAACCUGCCUAGCAGUCAUGCAACUUCGUUGAGUAUCCGAAAGACUAUCUACAGCCUUCUGAUUGAAAAGGCGAGACAGGAAAGUCACAUGCCACAAGGAGUCAACCAGAGAGGACAAGGAGGACGAGGAGGACAAUCCCAGGGUAAAGGAGGACAACAGUGUUACAUCCCAUGUGUUGAUGAGUAUGACAGACAAGAACUGAAACUCAAGAAAAACACAGUGGAGGCUCACCAACCCAAGUCACAGCUUGAUCUCGCAGCAAUCGACAAGGUGCCUAAACAAGUAAAGCUGCAAGUGUUGUUGGGAACACUCGGUGUAAUGGACCAUAUUAUACAGCCAUUUCCACCUCACCUUUGCCUUCCAGUGUGUGUGACGUAUUACUGGAUGAAAAACUGUAAGCCAAAGCCCAGUCAGCUUCUACUGCAGGCCAUAUUGUUGGGACUGGUGUACGGGGAACUCUCCUGGAGAAGGACCCAUCCUAAUGACCCACUAUUUGGCAGCAAAGCUUCUGCUUCUGUAUGUCAGCGAUUAUCUCGUCUGAGGGUUAAUCCAGGACAGAGGAGGGGCCUAGAUCUGGGUGUGGCCCAUUUGCUCAGUCAAUGGCAGUCAUGUAUGUGGGCGGCAAUGCUCCUGAACCAGUUACUGUGUUUCCCGUUAUCUGAACCUCAAUGUGCCUGGGUUUUCAGUGGUACUCUGCUGCAUGGUCUUGAGGCUGCCAUAAGAGGGGGUCAACAGUGUGAAGCUCUGCUUGCAGAGGACACUGAUGCUUGGCAGCUCUACUCCAUCCUGCUCAAGACAUUGAUGGGUCCUGCAGUAUCAGCACCAACAAGCAGGGGUCGAGGAGAGGGGCAGAGACACGCUCAGGAAAGAGGGAGGGGCCAGGGUGGUAGAGGGCAGGGCAAUGACCGGAGAGGGCGGGGUAAUAGGGGAGGAAGGCGGGGCCACGGUAGUAGAGGAAGAGGAACAAUGUCUUCAGACAUUGCUGUGGACAACAGGUUUGCCCUGUUGACCUUUGAUGAGUAUUAGCAUUGGUGAACUUGAAAUGAUAGAUUAGAUUUAAAAAGUUAGUUUAGGAGAGGAGAAUAAAGAAUUUCAGAAUGUUCUUAUGCAGCAUUUCACUUUAUGAAAGCAUGGUGUGCCUGAGGAUGUCAGUGCACCUUUUCAGAUGAGCGUAGCUUUUACCAACUGCAUUUCAAGAGACACUUUUGUUUACUAUGAAAAUGUUUUACUAUAAGAGCUAUUAUAUGUGCACUAAUAUACACUGACUCUAUUUUGCAGCUAAGUAAUGAAAAUGGCCUGUUUAGUGUAGAUUUUUUAUACUAUUUAAUUAAAUGAACUUUUAUGAAAAAGAAUGUCGAAUUUGUAUGUUAUCUGAGGACCAAUAUUUUGUUGCUCUACCUGCUUUUUAUGAAAUAUAUUUAAUUGUGUGUGCUGUAAAUUGCAAGCAUCAUGUUUUUAACAGGAAUCCUCUCAUUAAUUGGGUAUUCAUAAUCUCUCAUUAAUUCUUCUGAUUAUUCCUAUGAUUAUUGUGUCAAUAAGACAACUGCCAAUAUGGUGUAGUCAUGAUUGAGUACAAAACUUUGGGGUAUUCUGUUCAAAACAGUUCAUAAUUUUUUGGUUCUCUGAAGUUAAGUGCCAAAUUAUCAAGUGCAGUUUUAAUAAAAGUGUCAUUAUGCUUUAAUGGAUGUUGUUCAAGGCACAUUCUUACAAGAAACUUGUAAGUUUCAUAUCUCUUGGCAGACGUAUUUUACCAGAUAACUUUUUUUGUAUUGACAAUAAAGCUUAUAUUUCAAAGUA